AUGCUCCACAAACAAAUAAAUCAGGAUUAACUUUUGUAUUUUAAGAAGGAUAUUUAGCUAAGGCAUUUAAAGAAAAUAGUUUAAUAUUGUUUGAUGAGGUAAAUUUAACGUCGCAAGAAGUUUUAAGCACACUUUAAAGUUUGUUUAAUUAUGAUGAAAAAUCAUUAAAAGUUAGAGAUUUCAAUUUAAAAAAAGAAAAUUGUGUAUUUAAAUGCAAUUAAUCUUUCAACAUUUUAAGGAAGAGCGGAAUUACCAUUUUUAUACAAAAUUAAAUUACUAAUUAUAAUAUUAAACAAUUUGACUUAGAUUAAACCAUAGAUAAUUUUAAGAAAAGUUACAGUGCAUAAAUAGAUACUAUUGAAAAGUAGAAGAUAGAUUCUUUAGCUCCACAAGGAAUCCCAAUAAAUCUCAGAAAAAUUUUUCCUAGAUAAAAAAGAGCUUUAUCGAAUUUAUUUGCUCUAUUUAAUAACUAAUUUUUACAGCUUUUUGAGGCAUAUAUAAGAUGAAUAAGUUAAAGCUGAGUUAAUUAUAGUUUGCUUAGAAAUAAUUUAUUGCAACCCUUUUGAGCAUAAAGUACUAAGAGAUUUAUUGUACAAAAACAUCUUACAAAAGUAUCAAAUAACCAUAAAACAAUAGAAUUCAAGGAAAAUUUUUAUUGCUUAAAUUGGCUAAAAUGGUUUAUUUCAAUGAUAUUAAAAUAAUAAAUUCACAGUUAAUUUAACUUUGGAAAAAUUUUCAAGAACAACACCUAAAUUUCAUUCAAUUAUUUUUACAUAAAUUUUAAGAAUUCAAUAAUUUUAGAAAAAAAAAAUUAAUUAUUUCAAUUUUAAGCAAGAGAAUAAUUCUGUGUUAAGGGGAUUAUUGUACUUGUAAAACAACAACAGUUUUAAAGUUAGCAUCUUUAAUGAAUUAGAAAUGCCUUCUAGUGUCAAUUCAUGAUGAUUUAGAAAUAGAUGAUUUGUUAGGAAAUUUUUCCCUUAUAAAUCAAAAUAAUGAAAUUAUUGAUGAAUAUUUGAUUAGUUUACAAAUAAUAAAAAAGAUAAACAAAAAUAAUACGAAAAAUAAAAAUCACCUAAAAUGAAACAUUUGAAGGAAUUUAAAAAAUAUGUUAUUGGCUAAUAUUAGAUAAUAUCAACCAGGCAAAAACAGAAAUUAUAGAAAGAUUAAAUUCUUUAGGAGAAGAUGACUCUCUUCUCUUUAUUAAUGAAUUUGGUGAUGAUAAUCGAGUUUUGA